CGUCCAAAUCUCGAGAGUUUUACAUCUAUUUACCUAGUCUAGGCUAUGGCAUAAGCUGUUUGACAAGUGACAGACAUUAUACCGCAUAGUUAUUAUCUUUGUACUUGAAUAAAAGGGAUUGUUGAAAUUGAAAGGCAAACAAGUUAAAAUAGUUUAAAAUACACCAGGAGUACCAACAGUAUGAUGCCGUGGAUUAAAAAUUUAUUUGUGUGGCGACUCAUACAAGGAAUGCGACAAGAAAAAGCGGAAUAUUACAAUGCAUCUAUUUGUAGUAAAGAUAAACUUGAAAAUCAUAAGAAAGGCAACAAUCAAAAAAUUUGUUUAGAAGAAUCAUUUCAGAUGAACAAAAUUAUAUCAAAUAAACAUUCUGAUUUUUAUGUUUUAGGCAAGCUUUUACCACCAGCAAAAAAAAAUGCUAAAAAGUAGGUGUUGUUGCAUCUUUACAAGAGUGUGUUUGGUUAUUUUUGUGUUUAUGGUUUUAUCAUUAAUUUGUCUUCUUUAUAACCCAAAGUUGAUCAGUAAAGGCUGUGAGAAUUUCAUGUUUUAUUUAUAUAAAAAUCAGCAUAUUCUAUUUCAGCAAUUUGAUGAACCAAAUACAUACAUAUUUUGGCCUUUCAAAGAUAUUAAACAAAAAUUAAUAGCAAUAAAUUCAUCAAAUUUCAAUAAAGUGCGUUUGCCUCCCUCUCCAGAUGCAAAUCAGUGUUUUUCAAUUCAAAAUAAUGAUAGGUUUGACUGUUUUCCUGAUGGAUUUGUUAAUCAAAGUAAAUGUGAACAAAGAGGGUGCUGCUGGCAACCAAAACCUAAACAGACUGAAAGCAAUAUUCCAUUGAAUGUACCAUACUGUUUCUACCCCAAAAAUUUUCGAAGUUAUGCAUACAUAAACAUUACCCAUAAUUCUUUUGGUAUUAUAGCAUUUUUGAGGCGUGUCUUUAGUAGCCCUUUUCCUGGAGAUGUGAAUAUCAUUAAAUUAACUGUGAAAUAUGAAACUGACACACGCCUUCAUAUUAAAAUUACAGAUCCACUGCAUAAACGAUUUGAACCACCUUACCCAGAAGUGCCAAUUGUAGAUAAAGUCACUACCAAUCCCACAUAUAAGUGUGUAAUAGAUCCUACAAAAACUGGCUUCAAAGUUGAAAGAAAAUUGGAUGGAUCUGUUAUAUUUGACUCGCAAGCCAUUGAAAAUUUUAUUUUUUCUGAUCAGUUUCUACAAAUAAGUACUAGACUGCCUUCCUCAUACAUUUACGGUUUAGGGGAACAUCGUACACAUCUUCUGCUCAGCACAGAUUGGCAAAGAUUCAUGUUCUUUAAUCAUGAUAAAAUUCCCCACGAGAAUGGAAAUUUAUAUGGAAGUCAUCCAUUCUAUUUAGUAAUGGAAAAUACUGGAAAAAGUCAUGGAGUAUUUUUGCUAAAUAGUAAUGCCAUAGAAGUUAUUCUUCAACCCACUCCAGCAUUAACUCUCAGAGCUUUAGGUGGUAUUUUGGAUUUAUAUUUUUUUAUGGGACCUUUGCCAUCAGACGUUAUUAAACAAUAUACAGAAAUUAUUGGAAAAUCCAUUAUGCCCCCCUACUGGGGCUUAGGCUUCCACUUUUGCAGAUUUGGAUUCAAAACAUUGAAUGAAACACGUAAAGUUUGGAAAAGAAUAGUAGAAGCGGGAAUUCCUUUGGACACACAAUGGAAUGACUUAGACUAUAUGCAAAAUAGAAACGAUUUUACUUUAGACCAACAAAACUUUGGGGAAUUGCCCGCAUUUGUAAAUGAACUUCAUGCUCUUGGAAUGCACUACAUACCUAUAAUCGAUCCAGGAAUAAGUGGAAGUGAAAAAUUGGGAAGCUAUCCACCAUAUGAUAUAGGUCUUAAAAUGGACAUUUUUGUGAAAAAUUCUUCCGGAAAGCCACUUGUUGGAAAGGUGUGGAACAGUGGCUCAACAGUUUGGCCCGAUUUCACUCUUCCAAAUACUACUGAUUAUUGGGUGCUGAUGUUAAGAAAUAUGCAUCAAUUAUUUCCUUUCGAUGGCGCGUGGAUAGACAUGAACGAGCCAUCCAAUUUUGUUUCUGGUUCUAUUUAUGGUUGUCCUAAUAAUGACUUGGAGACACCACCAUACGUACCGCCCAUAGAAGGGGGUAAAUUAAACUAUAAAACAAUGUGCAUGUCUGCACAACACUAUGCGGGAAAUCACUACGAUAUUCAUAAUAUUUAUGGAUUAUCUGAAGCUAUCGUUACUAAUUUUGCUUUAGCAGAAAUAACAGGAAAGCGCCCUAUGAUUAUUUCUCGUUCAUCAUUUCCCGGUUUGGGUCGUUAUUCGGGGCAUUGGAGUGGUGAUGUUGUUUCUACAUGGUACGAUAUGAAGUGUACAAUUCCAGAAUUACUGAGCUUUAGUAUGUUUGGAAUUCCUUUAAUGGGUGCAGAUAUAUGUGGUUUCAAUGGAAACACAACUUCCGCACUGUGCAAUCGUUGGAUGCAAUUAGGCGCUUUCUAUCCGUUUUCUAGAAACCACAAUACUGAUGAUGCUAUUGAUCAAGAUCCCGUCGCUUUAGGUCCUCAAGUAGUGGAAUCUUCUAUAAAAUCCUUAAAAAUAAGAUAUUCUUUCCUUCCUUAUCUUUACACCUUAUUUUGGAUAGCACAUACUGAGGGAAGCACUGUUGCUACGCCUAUGUUUUUUGAAUUUCCUUACGAUAAAAACACCUACAGUCUUGAAGAACAAUUUCUUUGGGGGCCAGCACUGUUAAUUGUUCCUGUUCUCAAGGAAAAUGAACUUUCAGUAUCUCCCUAUUUACCUGCUGGUGUAUGGUAUGAUUUUUAUACAAAAAAGAGUCUAUUCAGUAAAGGUGAAACAGUUAACUUAUCCGCGCCCUUAGACACAAUUCCUAUUUUAAUAAGAGGAGGUUAUAUUUUGCCACAACAAGAACCUAAAAAUACUACCACUGCUUCGCGUAAGACAAAAAUACAACUUCUAGCAGCACCCAAUGAGUUUGGUAAAGGAGUAGGACAAUUGUACUGGGAUGAUGGAGACUCUCUAAGUACUAUAGAAGAAAACAAAUAUACACUUAUAAAUUUUCUUCUUCAACCAGGAAAUUUGAAAAUUGAACCACAAUGGUGGAGCCAGGAGUCUCCUCCUAACUUAGGAAAAGUUACUGUAUUAGGAUUGAUAAAACCAAUUUCAGUGGUUAUUGUAAAUAAUGUUCAUAAAAAUUUUAAGUAUAAUAUCACAAACCAGUAUCUGGAGAUUGACCAACUAGAUGAAAGCUUUAAAUCAACUAUUAUUAUUUCCUGGCUCUGAUUAUUUAGCUUUAUAUAUUUCACAUAAUGAGAAUUACUACUUAUUACAAUAAAUUUAUUAAAAGAUUAUUUUGUUGAGUGUUUAGUACAUUUAGAUUUAUAUAGUUUGCUAUAUCGAUACAAAAAUCGCGGUACCAAAUAUUGAUUGUUGAUAGGUUGAUUUGUAGCAUGAUUUACAGUGUUUAAGUGGCUAAUAUACGACAUUCAUAGUAA